AUGGAGAACGGCACAGAAGGCAAGAACUUCUACAUCCCCAUGAACAACAGGACAGGGCUUGUGAGAAGUCCUUUUGAAUAUCCACAGUACUACCUGGGGGAUCCCAUGUUCUUCAAAUUUCUUGCCGUAUACAUGUUCUUCCUGAUCUGCACUGGCUUCCCCAUCAACGCUCUUACUCUGCUAGUCACGGCUCAGAACAAGAAACUCAGGCAACCUCUCAACUUCAUCCUGGUCAACCUGGCUGUGGCUGGACUCAUCAUGGUCUGCUUUGGGUUCACCAUCACCUUCAUCACUGCUAUUAAUGGCUAUUUUAUUUUUGGACCAAUGGGUUGUGCCAUUGAGGGAUUCAUGGCUACUCUGGGAGGUCAAGUUGCUCUCUGGUCUCUGGUCGUCUUGGCUGUUGAGAGAUACAUUGUCGUCUGCAAACCCAUGGGUAGCUUCAAAUUCACUAAUUCACAUGCAGGAGCAGGUGUUUUGUUCACCUGGAUCAUGGCUCUAUCUUGUGCUGCCCCUCCACUGGCUGGCUGGUCUAGGUACAUCCCUGAGGGCAUGCAGUGCUCAUGUGGACCAGACUACUACACUCUGUCUCCGGGCUUCAACAAUGAAUCAUACGUCAUGUACAUGUUCAUCUGCCACUUCUGUGUCCCAGUUGGCACCAUCUUUUUCACCUACGGAAGCCUUGUGCUCACAGUCAAAGCUGCUGCAGCUCAGCAGCAGGAGUCAGAGUCCACCCAGAAGGCUGAGAGGGAAGUGACACGUAUGUGCAUCCUGAUGGUGCUGGGCUUCCUCGUGGCCUGGACCCCAUAUGCCAGCUUUGCCGCCUGGAUCUUCUUCAACAAGGGAGCUGCCUUCUCAGCCAUCGCCAUGGCCAUCCCUGCCUUCUUCUCAAAGAGCUCAGCGCUGUUCAACCCUGUUAUUUAUGUGCUGAUGAACAAGCAGUUCCGUAACUGCAUGCUGAGCACUAUUGGAAUGGGUGGCAUGGUUGAAGAUGAGACCUCAGUAUCAACCAGCAAGACAGAAGUGUCCUCUGUCUCUUAA